AUGGGUUUUCAGACGCUUGUGCCUUUCGGUCCUUGGAGUUGGUUGUUCUUGCUAGUGGCCCUCAAGUGCGGUGGAGCAGCUUCUGAUUUGAAUGAAUCCAGAAAUUCCUCUGCCCAGCAUGAGCUGAACGUUCGGUUUGCUGCUGCCAGCUCUGAGCCAGCUGAGACCGUAUCUGUUUUCGCACUGGAUUAUGACUAUGUGCAAAUUCCUUACGAGGUCACCCUCUGGAUACUCCUAGCAUCCCUUGCAAAAAUAGGCUUCCACCUCUACCACCGGCUGCCAGGCCUCAUGCCUGAGAGCUGCCUACUCAUCCUCGUCGGGGCCCUGGUGGGCGCCAUCAUCUUCAGCACCGACCACAAAUCGCCUCCGGUCAUGGAUUCGAGCAUCUACUUCCUGUACCUCCUCCCGCCCAUUGUCCUGGAGGGCGGCUACUUCAUGCCCACCCGGCCCUUCUUCGAGAACAUCGGAUCCAUCCUGUGGUGGGCAGGGCUGGGGGCCCUGACCAACGCCUUCGGCAUCGGCCUCUCGCUCUACCUCAUCUGCCAGGUCCAGGCCUUCGGCCUGAGCGACGUCAACCUGCUUCAGAACCUGCUGUUCGGGAGCCUGAUCUCGGCCGUGGACCCCGUGGCCGUGCUGGCCGUGUUCGAAGAGGCGCGGGUGAACGAGCAGCUGUACAUGAUGAUCUUCGGGGAGGCCCUGCUCAAUGAUGGCAUCAGCGUGGUCUUAUAUAACAUAUUAAUCGCCUUCACAAAGAUGCAUAAAUUUGAACACAUAGAACCUGUGGACAUUUUGGCUGGAUGUGCCCGAUUCAUUAUUGUGGGGUGCGGGGGAGUAUUUUUCGGCGUCAUUUUUGGAUUCAUUUCUGCGUUUAUCACACGUUUCACUCAGAACAUCUCCGCGAUUGAACCCCUCAUCGUCUUCAUGUUCAGCUACUUGUCCUACUUAGCGGCUGAGACGCUCUAUCUCUCUGGCAUCCUGGCAAUCACAGCCUGUGCAGUGACGAUGAAAAAGUAUGUCGAAGAAAACGUGUCCCAGACAUCCUACACGACCAUCAAGUAUUUCAUGAAGAUGCUAAGCAGCGUCAGCGAGACCCUGAUCUUCAUCUUCAUGGGCGUGUCCACCAUUGGGAAGAACCACGAGUGGAACUGGGCCUUCGUCUGCUUCACCCUGGCCUUCUGCCAGAUCUGGAGAGCCAUCAGCGUGUUUGCUCUCUUCUAUAUCAGUAACCAGUUUCGGACUUUCCCCUUCUCCAUCAAGGACCAGUGCAUAAUUUUCUACAGUGGUGUCCGAGGAGCUGGAAGUUUUUCACUUGCAUUUUUGCUUCCUCUGUCUCUUUUUCCUAGGAAGAAAAUGUUUGUCACUGCUACUCUAGUAGUUAUAUAUUUUACUGUAUUUAUUCAGGGAAUCACAAUUGGCCCUCUGGUCAGGUACCUGGAUGUUAGAAAGACCAAUAAAAAAGAAUCCAUCAACGAAGAGCUUCAUACCCGUCUGAUGGAUCACUUGAAGGCUGGAAUUGAAGAUGUGUGUGGGCAGUGGAGCCACUACCAAGUGAGAGACAAGUUUAAGAAGUUUGAUCAUAAGUAUUUACGGAAAAUCCUAAUCCGAGAGAACCUGCCAAAAUCGAGCAUCGUUUCUUUGUACAAGAAGCUGGAAAUGAAACAAGCUAUUGAGAUGGCAGAGACCGGGAUACUAAGCUCUACAGCCUUUUCCAUCCCCCAUCAGGACCAGAGGACACAAGAAACCAAAAGACUCUCCCCUGAAGACGUGGACUCCAUGAGGGACAUUCUGACACGCAACAUGUACCAAGUUCGACAAAGGACCCUGUCCUACAACAAAUACAACCUCAAACCCCAAACGAGUGAGAAGCAGGCGAAAGAAAUUCUGAUCCGCCGCCAGAACACCUUCAGGGAGAGCACGAGGAGAGGUCACAGCCUGCCCUGGGGGAAGCCGGCUGGUACCAAAAACAUCCGCUACCUCUCCUUUCCUUAUAGCCAUCCUCAGCCAGCAGGCAGAGAUGUGAGGGUGGCUGAAUUCACAGAUCAUGACGGCGGUGACGCAGAAGCCCCCUCCAUCAUGUUCUUCUACACACGCUCUCCAACGGCGUCACUUCAGGAAGGACGAAGGACACAAGAAAUAAUCCCGAUGAAGAGCUUACGCAGAGCAGGGAAGCCACCCCACUUGGGUUAUCAAAGAAAUAGGAGCCAAGAAGAACAACCGGGCAGGGGCAGAAGGGCGGUUUUGAGGCCCAAACCGCUCUUUCACGCAGUAGAUGAAGAGUUCGAAUCUGGGGACGAGAGUGAGGGAGAAGCCUCAGCCAUUGGGUCCCGAUGGGCAGCGGAGCACAGACCCGGCAGGGACCUCCACAGAUCCCAUAGCCCUUUGCUCCAAAGAAAGUGA